AUGAAAUUUCUAUCUAUCUUCAGCCUACAUUUUCUAAAUGCCAAGGUUAGUAAAGAAUCAAACAGCAAACAAAUGCUUCUCAUAGGGGAAAUAAAUAUUUCCUUUCCAACAAGUCUCUUUUCUUUCUUUCUUUCUUUCUUUCUUUCUUUCUUUGUUAUUUUUCAGUUUUUCAUUGGUUCUCCUUUCUUUCUUUCUUUCUUUCUUUCUUUCUUUCUUUCUUUGUUAUUUUUCAGUUUUUCAUUAGUUCUCCUUUCUUUCUUUCUUUCUUUCUUUCUUUGUUAUUUUUCAGUUUUUCAUUGGUUCUCCUUUCUUUCUUUCUUUCUUUCUUUCUUUCUUUCUUUCUUUUCUUCUUAUUUUUCAUUUUUCAUUGGUUCUCCUUUCUUUCUUUCUUUCUUUCUUUCUUUCUUUCUUUCUUAUUUUUCAGUUUUUCAUUGGUUCUCCUUUCUUUCUUUCUUUCUUUCUUUUUUUUUCAGUUUUUCAUUAGUUCUCCUUUCUUUCUUUCUUUCUUUCUUUCUUUCUUUCUUUCUUAUUUUUCAUUUUUCAUUAGUUCUCCUUUAUUUCUUUCUUUCUUUUUUUUCAGUUUUUCAUUGGUUCUCCUUUCUUUCUUUCUUUCUUUCUUUCUUUCUUUCUUUCUUAUUUUUCAGUUUUUCAUUGGUUCUCCUUUCUUUCUUUCUUUCUUUCUUUUUUUUUCAGUUUUUCAUUAGUUCUCCUUUCUUUCUUUCUUUCUUUCUUAUUUUUCAUUCUCUUUUCUUUCUUUCUUUCUUUCUUAUUUUUCAGUUUUUCAUUAAUUCUCCUUUCUUUCUUUCUUUUUUCUUUCUUUCUUUCUUUCUUUCUUUCUUAUUUUUCAGUAUUUCAUUAGUUCUCCUUUCUUUCUUUCUUUCUUUCUUUUCUUAUUCUCCUUUCUUUCUUUUUUUUUUCUUUCUUUCUUUCUUUCUUUCUUUCUUAUUUUUCAGUAUUUCAUUAGUUCUCCUUUCUUUCUUUCUUUUUUCUUUCUUUCUUUCUUUCUUUCUUAUUUUUCAGUUUUUCAUUAGUUCUCCUUUCUUUCUUUCUUUCUUUCUUUCUUUCUUUCUUUCUUUCUUUCUUAUUUUUCAUUCUCCUUUCUUUCUUUCUUUCUUUCUUUCUUUCUUUUUCUUUCUUUCUUUCUUUUUUUUCAUUUUUCAUUAUUUCAUUCCUUUCUUUCUUUUUUUUUUUUUCAGUUUUUCAUUAGUUCUCCUUUUCUUUCUUUCUUUCUUUCUUAUUUUUCAGUUUUUCAUUAGUUCACCUUUCUUUCUUUCUUUUCUUUCUUUCUUUCUUUCUUUCUUUCUUUCUUUCUUAUUUUUCAGUGUUUCAUUAGUUCUCCUUUCUUUCUUUCUUUCUUUCUUUCUUUCUUUCUUUCUUUCUUAUUUUUCAUUCUCCUUUCUUUCUUUCUUUUUUUUCAGUUUUUCAUUAGUUCUCCUUUCUUUCUUUCUUUCUUUCUUAUUUUUCAGUUUUUCAUUAGUUCACCUUUCUUUCUUUCUUUUUUCUUUCUUUCUUUCUUUCUUUCUUUCUUUCUUAUUUUUCAGUUUUUCAUUAGUUCUCCUUUCUUUCUUUCUUUUUUCUUUCUUUCUUUCUUUCUUAUUUUUCAGUUUUUCAUUAGUUCUCCUUUCUUUCUUUCUUUCUUUCUUUCUUUCCUUCUUUCUUUCUUUUUUUCUUAUUUUUCAUUCUCCUUUCUUUCUUUCUUUUUUCUUUCUUUCUUUCUUUCUUUCUUUCUUUCUUUCUUAUUUUCAGUUUUUCAUUAGUUCUCCUUUCUUUCUUUCUUUUUGUCUUUCUUUCUUUCUUUCUUUCUUUCUUAUUUUUCAGUUUUUCAUUAGUUCUCCUUUCUUUCUUUCUUUCUUUCUUAUUUUUCAGUAUUUCAUUAGUUCUCCUUUCUUUCUUUCUUUUUUUUCAUUCUCCUUUCUUUCUUUCUUUUUUCUUUCUUUCUUUCUUUCUUUCUUUCUUUCUUUCUUAUUUUUCAGUUUUUCAUUAGUUCUCCUUUCUUUCUUUCUUUUUUCUUUCUUUCUUUCUUUCUUAUUUUUCAGUUUUUCAUUAGUUCUCCUUUCUUUUUUUCUUUCUUUCUUUCUUUCUUUCUUUCUUAUUUUUCAGUUUUUCAUUAGUUCUCCUUUCUUUCUUUCUUUCUUUCUUUCUUUCUUAUUUUUCAGUAUUUCAUUAGUUCUCCUUUCUUUCUUUCUUUUUUUUCAGUUUUUCAUUAGUUCUCCUUUCUUUCUUUCUUUCUUUUUUUUCAGUUUUUCAUUAGUUCUCCUUUCUUUCUUUCUUUCUUUCUUAUUUUUCAGUUUUUCAUUAGUUCUCCUUUCUUUCUUUCUUUUUUCUUUCUUUCUUUCUUUCUUUCUUAUUUUUCAGUUUUUCAUUAGUUCUCCUUUCUUUCUUUCUUUUUUUCUUUCUUUCUUUCUUUCUUUCUUUCUUUCUUUCUUUCUUAUUUUUCAGUUUUUCAUUAGUUCUCCUUUCUUUCUUUCUUUCUUUCUUUCUUUCUUAUUUUUCAGUAUUUCAUUAGUUCUUUUUUCUUUCUUUCUUUUUUUCAGUUUUUCAUUAGUUCUCCUUUCUUUCUUUCUUUCUUUCUUUCUUUCUUUCUUUCUUUCUUUCUUUCUUUCUUAUUUUUCAUUAGUUCCCCGUUCUUUCUUUCUUUCCUUCUUAUUUUUCAUUAGUUCCCCUUUCUUUCUUUCUUUCUUUCUUUCUUUCUUUCUUUCUUUCUUUCUUUCUUUCUUUCUUUCAUCUCUCUUUUUCAUUUAUUCAUUUUCAUUCAACUUUUUACACAUAUCUUUGUUUAUAUUAUAUUAUCCACAUUUUCUUUCAUUUUUACUAUCCUCACUUCAAUAA